CACCCUGCCCGGAGGAGGUGUGGGCAUCGGCUGCGCACUCAGGGCCUGCCCGGGUCCCAUGGCGGCGGCGGCGCUGGUGGACCUGGCGCGGGACUGGGGGACCUUUGAGGACAUGGCCAUGUACUUCUUCCAGGAGGAGUGGGAGCUCCUUGAUGAGACUCAGAGGUGUCUGUACCACAAUGUGAUGCUGGAGACCUUGGUGCUUGUGGCCUCAAUGGGUUGCUGGUGCGGAAUGGAGGAAGCCCCUCUUGAACGGGGUGUUUUUGUAGAAGGAGCAUACCAUUUCAGGACCCCUAAGGCAUAUCCUUCUACCCUGAAGGCCAACACCUGUGACAUGUGUGGCUUGGUCUCAAAAGACAUUACACCUGGCUAAGCGUCAGGGAAAUCACCCUACGCAGAAACCAUACAAGUGUGAGGCAUUUGGGAGAGGCUUCUGGCUCAGAAUAAGUUCUCACCAGUGCCAGCAGGAGCCCAGUAGAGAAAAAUGCUUCACAGGUAGCAAACAUGCUAAGGAUGUCCUGGACAGCCUCGACCUCCUGCAGCACCGGGCCACCCACAACAUGGGGAUACCACACAGGCACCAGGCACAAGGAGGCCUUCCAGCUGCCAGCAGCAGCAGAGAGGCCACACCGCACAGAAGUCCUUCAAGUGCAGCAGCUGUGGGAGCAGCUUUCUGAAGGCUCUCGUGCUCCUAGAUCAUCUGCUCACUCAUUCCAAAGAGACCCUGCAGAUGCCCAGCACGGGGAAAUGCCCCUGAAGAGCAGGCCACCAUUGUUCAUCACCCGAAAACCCCACUGGGGAGACAUCCCGUGUGUGUAAGGAAUGUGGGAAGGCUUUCAGUCACCUUUUCAAACUGAGGACACAUGAGAAAGUUCCUACUGGAAAAGUGUAUCACGGUUGCAGUGAGUGUGAGAAAGCCUUCACCCAGAAGUACACACUCGCUUGGCACCGGAGAGUCCACUGAAGAAUGGCCUUAUGCCUGUGGCCACUGUGGGAAGACACUUCACUUGCAGCUUCAGUGUCGCUCGCCAUCAGGAAGUUACGACAAAGAAAGGCCUUGUAAGUGCAGACCGUGCCAGAGAGUCUCCAGCUGCAUCGCCAGUUUUGUGGAGCACCAGAAAAUACACACUGGGGCAAGGCCUUGUACGUGCAGUAAAUGCGGGAAAGCCUUCAUUAACAGUUCUCAUCUUCACUGGCAUCAGAAAGUUCACAGCAGGGGCAUCUGGGUGGCUCAGUGGGUUAAAGCCUCUG